GUUAAUCGAGAGUAGUACUUUCGUUGCCAAAGCGCACGACCACCUCUUCUUUUUCAUCACUUGUCCGAUUUUUGUUUCUCCCUUCAUCUCUUCCUACUAAUUUCUUCCCCGCAUCCUUUUCUCAAUCAAUUUAGCUUUAAUUUUCGUCACAAAAUUUCUGUUAUUAAUUCCUGUGUGAAAGGAAUAGAAGCAGACGGUUGGUAUGGCGGAAUCGGUGGAGUUGCCGGGUCGACUCGCAAUUCUUCCCUUCCGGAACAAAGUAUUGCUGCCUGGUGCAAUUAUUCGUAUUCGAUGCACUUCACCCAGCAGUGUGAAAUUGGUGGAACAAGAGUUAUGGCAGAGGGAAGAGAAAGGACUAAUUGGUAUUCUGCCAGUUCGUGAUGCUGCUGCGGAGUCUCAGUCUGCAGCGUCCACACUGGCUCCAGGCGGGGGAACUAAUUUAGGAGAAAGAAGCUCCAAAAAUCAAGAGGAAACAUCCGACUCCCACAAACAUGGUGGCAAAAAUCAACAGGAAGUUAUCCACUGGCAUAAUAAAGGAGUUGCUGCCCGAGCUUUACAUCUGUCAAGAGGAGUGGAGAAACCAAGUGGCAGGGUCACCUACAUUGUUGUUCUUGAAGGCUUGUGCAGAUUUAGUGUGCAGGAGCUGAGCACGAGAGGAACGUAUUACACCGCCCGCAUCAUUCCCCUUGAUAUGACGAAAGUUGAGAUGGAUCAAGUGGAACAAGACCCUGAUUUCAUAGCGUUAUCCAGACAAUUCAAGGCCACAGCGAUGGAGCUCAUCUCUGUUCUUGAGCAGAAACAAAAAACAGGAGGGAGGACUAAAGUUCUGCUGGAGACGGUUCCUGUUCACAAAUUGGCUGAUAUUUUUGUCGCUAGCUUUGAGAUUAGCUUUGAAGAGCAAAUAUCCAUGUUAGAUUCUGUUGAUGUGAAAGUGAGGCUUUCAAAAGCUACUGAAUUGGUUGAUAGGCACUUGCAGUCAAUUCGUGUAGCGGAGAAGAUUACGCAAAAGGUUGAGGGACAAUUAUCGAAGUCCCAGAAAGAGUUUCUACUCCGUCAGCAGAUGAGGGCUAUAAAGGAAGAACUUGGUGAUAACGAUGAUGAUGAGGAUGAUGUGGCUGCUCUGGAGAGGAAGAUGCAAGAUGCAGGGAUGCCAGCAAAUAUCUGGAAACACGCUCAGAGAGAAUUAAGGAGACUUAAAAAAAUGCAGCCUCAGCAACCUGGAUAUAAUAGUUCUCGUGUGUACCUGGAACUUCUUGCUGACCUUCCAUGGCAAAAGGCCAGUGAAGAACGGGAAUUGGAUUUAAAGGCUGCAAAGGAGCGACUUGACAUUGACCACUAUGGUCUAGUAAAGGUCAAGCAGAGGAUAAUUGAAUAUUUGGCCGUUCGCAAGCUGAAACCAGAUGCAAGAGGACCAGUAUUGUGUUUUGUUGGUCCACCUGGUGUUGGAAAGACUUCUUUAGCUUCGUCAAUUGCCACUGCUUUGGGCAGAAAAUUUAUCCGCAUAUCCCUAGGUGGUGUUAAAGAUGAGGCUGACAUUAGAGGCCAUAGGCGUACAUAUAUUGGUAGCAUGCCUGGGCGCCUUAUUGAUGGACUGAAGAGAGUAGGUGUUUGCAAUCCAGUUAUGCUGCUGGACGAGAUUGACAAAACAGGUUCUGAUGUUCGGGGUGAUCCAGCUUCGGCGCUACUUGAAGUCCUUGAUCCUGAACAGAACAAAACCUUUAAUGAUCACUAUUUGAAUGUGCCAUUUGACCUUUCGAAGGUUAUUUUUGUGGCUACUGCAAAUAGAAUGCAGCCUAUUCCUCCACCGCUCUUAGAUAGGAUGGAAGUCAUUGAGCUGCCAGGAUAUACACCUGAAGAGAAACUUAGAAUAGCAAUGCGACAUCUAAUUCCACGAGUUCUUGACCAGCAUGGCUUGAGCUUUGAUUUCCUUCAAGUUCCUGAGGCCAUGGUGAAACUUGUCAUUCAAAGGUAUACUAGAGAAGCUGGCGUGCGUAACCUGGAGAGAAACUUGGCUGCCUUAGCUCGUGCCGCAGCUGUCAGAGUCGCCGAACAAGAUCAGGCUGUGCCACUUAGCAAAGAUGUCCAGCGGUUAGCAUCACCAUUGUUGGACGGUAGACUUGCUGACGAGGCUGAAGUGGAAAUGGAAGUAAUUCCAAUCAGUGUUAACAAUCAUGAUAUAUCAAAUGCAUUCAGGGUCACCUCACCUUACAUUGUGGAUGAGACUAUGUUGGAAAAAGUACUUGGACCCCCAAGAUAUGAUGAUAGAGAAGCUGCUGACCGUGUUGCAACUCCUGGUGUAUCUGUCGGACUAGUAUGGACAGCCUUCGGUGGGGAGGUUCAAUUUGUUGAGGCUACUGCAAUGGUGGGAAAAGGUGAUUUGCAUCUCACAGGCCAACUUGGGGAUGUUAUUAAAGAAUCAGCACAAAUCGCACUGACCUGGGUCAGAGCAAGAGCAACGGAACUUAAAUUGGCUACUGUGGAAGAGAGCAAUCUCCUCGAAGGCCGAGAUAUUCACAUACACUUUCCUGCUGGGGCUGUACCGAAGGAUGGGCCCUCAGCUGGUGUCACUCUUGUUACCGCACUGGUUUCACUCUUCAGUCACAGAAGGGUUAGAGCAGACACAGCUAUGACUGGGGAGAUGACUUUGAGGGGUUUAGUGUUACCUGUAGGUGGUAUCAAGGAUAAGGUUUUAGCAGCCCAUCGCUAUGGAAUUAAGAGAGUUAUUCUACCAGAGAGGAACUUAAAGGACUUGGUAGAAGUGCCUUCAGCCGUACUCUCCAGUCUGGAGAUAUUACUUGCAAAGCGGAUGGAGGAUGUGCUGGACCAGGCAUUCGAGGGUGGUUGUCCUUGGAGACAACACUCAAAAUUAUGACCAUCCUUGCAGCUGGACAAGCAUCUAAAGAUCGCCCUGCUUCCUUUUCAGACCACAAAGUUGGAGACUGACAACUGAGUAAUUGUGUAUGGCAGAGUUUCUGCUGAUGAAGUCAAGAUGGGGCAAUUAACAGCUGCUGGAACUAUUGACGGGACAACUUUUGAUUCAUGCUAUUGUAACAUUAACCUUGGAAAUCUUUCCCACUCUUUCUUAAUCUUGACGGUACUAUGUUUGCAAGAGCGUACAGCUUUUUCUUCCUCUUUCAUGUUGAUACAAGUUUUCUGUUAAUAGUCGUCCCGACCCUUCCCUCCUUAACGCUUUAUGAUGUUUGUUCUUUACAAGGUUUUAUACUCAGUUGACGUUGAGGU